CUAGAAGACUAUAUAAUAGUAUAUCUUAACGACGUCUUAGUAUACUUAAAUAGAAGUCGAAAGGACUAUAUAAAAAAGGUAUAUAAGAAAUAUAUAUUCGUAGUAAAGAAAGUUAAGUAUCUAGAGUAUAUCGUAGAAGCAGAGGUCUAUAUUUGUCUUGACCCUAAGAAGAUCAAGGCUAUUUAUAAAUAG